AUGGAAGAGGCAACACCUCAUGUAUUGGCUGGAGUGGAAAGUUUAAUUUUUUGGGAGGAAGAGAAGGAGAGGAGAAAGGAAGAGACUAUUGGAAAGUGGCCGGCGUUGAUGAUGGCGGUUUGGGGUAUUGUUUGGGGGAAAUUGACCGCUGGCGGGGAAUUGUUGAAUGAUGAGGAUUUUAAAGAAAAUAGGCUCAAGGCGUUGGAGGUGUUAAGGUCGGCGAGGAAGGACACAGAGGUGGAGAGGAAGGUUGGGAUGGGAGGAUGGGGGGGGUGGGAUGUACCGGAGGAGGGAGAGGAAGAUGAGGUGGAGGUGGGGAGGAGCAAUGAGAAAGAAGUCAAUAUUUGGAUUGCCGAGAUUGCCAAUAAAGGGUGUUUAGAAAUGGACUGGUAUCAAAAUUUAGUCAAGGCAGAUGCUCAAGACGAUACAGGCGAAGAUCAAGAAAGAGAGGAUGCUCUAGAUGGAAUUGAAAGAGCACUGGUACGAGAAGACGAAAUGAGAUAUGGACUUGGUACAAUGCGACAAAAGAAAGUGGAUUAUCUGACAGAGCAGAGGAGAGCCGAGUACAAAGUGUGGAAAAAGAAUAUAUUGGCUAAGAUUGCGAGGCUACAGAAAGAGGGGAAGAACAGAGUUGUGAUCGAUAUGAAUGUAUAG